AACGUCAUAUUGCGGUCUCCUCCUCCUUCUCCUUGGCGGAGUUGAGAAAACCUUGCUACGAGCGUUUCCAGAUUUCUCCCAAAACGGAACUGCUGAUUCCUUGAAUAAAAUUCCCUAAUCGGAGUCUGUGAAGCAAAUGGGAGCAUCAGAUUCAACUCUGCUAGGCUCUCAGGAAAAUCGAGGUGAUGUGAUUACGACUAUAUCUCAUCGAUCAGAAAUAGUCGAUCCCAUUCUCGAGAAUCUUAAAGCUCUCACAGUAAGUAGGCCAAUAUUGAAGUCUCCUCCCACGGAAAGUAGCUUAACAGAUAUCUUAGUGAGAAAAGCUCUAUCCAGUUCCUCUUCCAAUACGGUUGAUCCUCAAAUACUUGUAGAGCUCUUCUCCAUUUACCGAGAAUGGCAAGAGAACAAAGCUCAAGAAAUUACCAAGAGACAGGAAGAUAUAGAAAACAAGAUAGAAGUCGCAGAUGCUUUGGCGACUAAACUUUUACAGAGGUUUAACCACUCUGUUUCUGCAAUGAGGACAACUGCCCAGCAUUUAUCUCAAGUUCAUGGUUUGCAGGUGGAGCUCGGGGAGCUUAAAGGAAGAUUGACAGAGGUGAUCAGCAACUGCGAUACAUUAUGUAAGAGAAUUAAUUCUGAGGGACCUGAAUCUCUGAGGUCCACAGUGGCGCCUUUUUCUCUUGCAUCUCCCGAUUCGUGUAUGGAGUUGAACAACUUGAAACAACGAAAGAGAACAACAACAAAUGAAACAAAAUUACAUUUCAAUGAAAAAGCAGAUAAUGAUUACUCUUCUUUGCCACCUCCCCAUAUCAAGGUUGCUGCUGAGCGUCCAUGUAACCAGCGUCGGCGAGCACUUUCUCCCUCUUGGCCAGCUCAAGGUCUUCGUCCACCAUCAUCUUCACCAGCUUCUCGAACCCUACUUUUGGCUUCCACCCCAACAUUUCCUUUGCCUUGCUUGCGUCUCCUUUCAGAUUGUCGACCUCCGUGGGCCGGAAGUACCUUUUGUCGAUCUCGACAUGGUCUUUCCAGUUGA